CCAGCUCUCAUCACAUUCAUUUUCAGUGUAUCAACCCCGACUCUACUCACCGCAACAGAUACCUGCAUAUCCAGAGCAGUCUGUGGUCCAUUCAUCUCAUUGUGACUCACUCUAAGGUGUCCCGACACAGCAAUAAAAAGGUUCACAGUGAGCAUGAACCUAAGCCUUCCUGACCAGAACAUGCACAACCCCAGUGACGGCGGUGUGGAGGAUGACAAGGCUGAGCUCAUGAUCCCCUGCUUCCGCAGAAACAUGUACGAUGAGCCUCUAACCUCAUACUCCAAUGGAUCCAUCAUUUCCCACCUCCUGCGCAAAACCGUCCAAAACAAGAGGGUUCUGGACGAAAGCCACUUCUACCUACCGACCUCGGCUGUGUCCAGCUCCACCAUGGCUGACUCCAGUCAGGAGGACCAGAGCAGUGUCUCCUCCAAGGACAGCACGGCGGAAUUUGCAUCCCCAGGCAGUCACCUCUCAAACGGAGCCAGCCCUGAGGGGGACAGGCCGCUGAGUGAUCACCUCCAGGCCAAGCGUGCCCGUGUGGAGAACAUCAUCCGAGGCAUGGCGGGCUCUCCCAACAGCAGGCUCCAUGGGGACAGUGAAAGGGCCAUGUCAGACACCAGGGAGGCUAGAGAGGCCUACAGGGAGAACAAACGCAAACAGAGGCUCCCCCAGCAUCAGGAGCACAGUCUCAAUGCUGCUGCACCGGCUAACAGAGGCAGCAGUAGCAGCAGUGGCAGCAGCAGUAAGGAUGAAGAGUGCCACAAGCUCAAGGAGCAGCUCCAGAGCAUGCAGAGGCUCCUGAGACAGCUCCAGGAGAAGUUCUUGCAGGUUUAUAACCAGGAAGACACGGAGCGUGAGGACAGAGAUGGCACAGGCACAGCCAGCACCGCAAAACACGACGACGCCACACCAAGCAAAGAGUCUGGGUUCCGUAAAAACAUGGAUGAAGAGUUAGAGAGGAAGCAUGACAGAGCAAAAGGAGACUGUAAGGACAGGGUGAAGAAAGACGGAAGUUUUCUGACACAUCAAAAGGAAGGCAAGAACCUACAGGAGACUCUGAAGCAUGAGCUCUCCAAAGCGGUGAGUGAGAGUGUAGAUAUGGUGUUCAAGAAACUCUCCUCCACGGGGCUCAACCAGUCAUCUUAUCAGCGCAUGUGUCACACCCCGGAGAACAUCGACGUGGGAGUUGAGAGGAAGGGCCAGGUAGCCUGUAACCAGGAGCAAUCACACACUGAGGAGACAGCCAAACCCCAGGCUCUAGAGUACUACGAGAGCACUGAGCCUUGCAGCCCUGAGGAUCAGACCGAGGCUCUGUCUCUUGUGGUCCGUAAGCCGCUCCUAAGCCAGCUUAGCUCAGUUACCCCGACGGUGAAGAGGCCCUACCCCUUACACCAUUCUCCAUUCCAGUUUAACUACAGCACACCUCUCCAUGACAGUCAAAUCCUGGAACACCUCCUCAAAUACGGGUCCCACACUAACUUCGGAGGUCUCCCAUGCGUGCCCCCAUCCAUGGACAGAACCUCCCCAGACUCGGUGGAGCUGCCCUGGGAUGCCAUCGCCAUGAGGUCCAAAGUGACAUCCAGCCACCUGACCCACCACCCUCGCACAUCAGGCCUGGGACCAGUGACCGUGGACAGUCUGUGUCUACCUCACGUCAAGAUGGAGUGUGGGGACAUGCAGAGCAUGGCAGAGAGAAACUCCUACAUGUCUCUGAACAUUCAGGAAGGCCUAACCCCCAACCAUCUGAAGAAAGCUAAGCUGAUGUUCUUUUACACCCGUUAUCCCAGCUCCAAUGUGCUGAAAACCUUCUUUCCCGAUGUCAAGUUCAAUCGGUGCAUCACCUCUCAGCUCAUCAAGUGGUUCAGUAACUUCCGGGAGUUCUACUACAUCCAGAUGGAGAAGUUUGCCCGCCAGGCCAUAGUGGACGGGGUCAAUGAUGUGAAAGACAUGUCCAUCAGCAGAGACUCUGAGCUGUUCAGAGCCCUCAACAUGCACUACAACAAAGCCAAUGACUUCCAGGUUCCUGAUAGAUUCCUUGAGGUUGCUGAAAUUACUCUCCAAGAGUUUUUCAACGCCAUUUCAACUGCCAAAGAUUCUGACCCCUCUUGGAAGAAGGCAAUCUACAAGGUCAUCUGUAAACUGGACAGUGAUGUCCCAGAUGAGUUCAAGUCAUCCACCUGCCUAUAGACAGAGCAAACAAUAGUCAUGCUCGAGAAAGGAAGGACAUUUUGCAGUCAUACAAUGACAAUAAGUGCUAAUGUAACACGUCUUGCCAAUAAAUUGGAUUUUAGUGAGAGAAUCAAGGAACAAAUGGAUUAUGUUGUAAAUUACAUAUUAUACACUGCAGUAUAGGAGCCUACUUACUGCACUUACAGCUUUUUACAGUCUCAGUGAGCUUUAUAGCACUGCUCCAGCUCUCUCCUAGGAGUUUUUUAAAACUUAGCUGACAGCAGAUCGUAGUGUGUCUGUGCAUCUCCAUAGGGAUUCAAUUAAGACAAGAUGUAGUUGCAUGUUUGUAGAUGUAGUGAUAUUUAAGGGCAGUGGUUUAAUACUGUAGUGUACUUGCUAGGUCUGAUAGACUUACAAACGUGAACAAAAUGGUCGUUUCUAUACAUAUUUGACUUAUGGUUCCUAAUGGACAUGCGGUUUUGGAUGAUUCUGAGAGAAAGACAUACUGUGGUAAUAGUUUAUUUUUAUUUUGUAGCAAGUGUUUUAUGUAAAUGUGAAUACGCUAAAUGUAUUAACCUAAUAGCAUGUAAAUAUUGCAAAUGACCACAAAGAACCAAUUGUUUGAGAAAAAAUUGUAUGUACAAAAAAGUACAAAGUUAUGUUUAGAUGUUUUGUGCCUAUUUCUAGGCACAAAACAGUCUAUUGCCUAUUGUCAACUCAAUUCCAUAGACACCAUAUUCUGAGUGGUUAUUUGAUAGUCCUGCUGAUAGAAUAAAGCUGCACUUACUUCAUCUUGAGACGUCUUGUUU